GCACUACAAACCAAGGCUUUUCACAGAGCCUGAAUGGAGGCCCACGGUUCAGCCCGAUUGUCCAGGAAGAGAAAGAGAGAAGGUUCAAAUGGAGAGGCAGAGGAGGGCGAGAAACUGCUGAAGAUAAAACGAUACACAGUGGGUCUGAAAUACCCGGCUCCGUAUGCAGAUCAGCUUGAGUCAAUGGAAGAUAAGUCAUAUCAGCGCGUCACCAUGGAGGAAGCUCGCAAAGGCACGCCACCUGACAGACCUGUGCGGGUGUACGCUGAUGGCAUCUUCGACAUGUUCCACUCAGGACAUGCCCGCGCUCUCAUGCAGGCUAAAUGCCUUUUCCCAAACACUCAUCUAAUUGUAGGUGUGUGUAGUGAUGACCUAACACACAAGUUAAAGGGCUUCACGGUCAUGAACGAAGAUGAACGCUAUGACGCUGUUAGUCACUGUCGCUAUGUGGACGAGGUGGUCCGGAAUGCUCCGUGGACUCUCACGCCCGAGUUCCUCACCAAGCAUCGGAUUGACUUUGUGGCCCAUGAUGAUAUCCCAUACUGCUCAGCUGACAGUGAUGAUGUUUACAAGCACAUCAAAGAAGCAGGAAUGUUUGCACCAACCCAACGCACAGAGGGCAUUUCCACCUCUGACAUCAUUACACGCAUUGUACGAGAUUAUGACGUCUACGUCAGACGGAAUCUUCAGCGUGGCUACACUGCAAAAGAGCUAAACGUCAGCUUCAUCAAUGAAAAGAAGUACCACCUUCAGGAGCGUGUGGACAAGGUGAAGAAGAAGGUGAAGGACGUGGAGGAGAAGAGUAAAGAAUUUGUGCAGAAGGUGGAGGAGAAGAGCAUCGACCUGAUCCAGAAAUGGGAAGAGAAGUCCCGCGAGUUCAUCGGCAACUUCCUGCAGAUGUUUGGACCUGAGGGGGCAUUGAAGCACAUGCUGAAGGAGGGUAAAGGGCGAAUGCUUCAGGCCAUCAGUCCACGGCACAGUCCCAGCAGCAGUCCCACACGUGAGCGUUCCCCGUCUCCAUCCUUCCGUCUGCCCUUCUUCACCAAAACCUCCCCGCCCUCCUCGCCCUCGUCACAUCACAGCAGCGCCCUGUCUGGCUACACCUACACCGCCUGCGGACAGGCCAUCAGCGAAGAUGAUGAGGACAACGAAGAUUAGAGUGUCACAGCACACCACACAUCUGUCUUCCAAUACCGGCAAUCCAACCUCAGAAACGAAACAAUCCUUUAACGACCCAUCGGUUUCGUUCUCUGUAUUAUGAAGGGUUAAAAUUUAGUUUUUAAAGGGUUAGUUCACCCAAAAAUGAAAGUUCUGUCAUUAAUUACUCGU